AUGAUGGCAAAUCAAUAUAAUCAACAUUUACGAUCACAUGAUCAAUACUCUUUACUAUCACUAUCAUGUUUCGUAACUUUCAUCAUUUUUCUUCAAGGCCCAAUUCUUGUAGUUGCUGAACUUAGUCAAUAUGAAAUGAUGAUGGCAUUAAAUCGUGGAUUUAAUUUAAAUUCAACAACGACAACAGUUUUAAAUAAUAAUCAUGAUGAUGCAGCUGAUGAAAAUGGUCCAGAUAUUUAUGAUGAUGAUAAUGAAGGUUAUGAUGAAACAUCAACAUUACCGACAACAUUGCGUUUACGAUCAAGAUUAACUCCGAAUAUAACAUCACAUUUACCCGCACACGUUGAAGAAGUUCCAAAAAGUGAUUAUGAAGAUGAAUCUGAUUCAUAUCCAAAUGAAUCAAACGAUGAUGAAACAACAAAUCCAGAUGAUACACAAGUAUUUGGUGAUAGAAUAUCCAAUAAUCCAUCACAAACUAAACCGGAUAUAAUGAAUUCCAAUAAAAAAAAUGGCUUAGAUUUAUCAACAACAUCAACAUCACGAAUACCAUUUUUUUCAUCCAAUCUUUGGCAUGAUCUUUUUUCUAAACCUGGAAUUCUUGUUGGUAUUAUUGGUGGAAUUGUCAUUGGAAUGUUAUCUGCUAUUCUACUUGUUAUGUUCAUAAUUUAUCGUAUGCGUAAAAAAGAUGAAGGUUCAUAUGCAUUAGAAGAAGGACCUAGGAAAUCACCAUCACAUGCCUAUACACGUGUAUCAUCAAGAGAAUUUUUUGCUUAG